AUGAAGCUGGGUUUGAUGCGCGAGCUUCAUAUCGGCCAGCGAUUCCCCGGCGUGAUCAUCUCUCCAAACGCCAAACAUGUUGUAUCGCCAGCGGAUCGAGAGCUUUUGGAACAAAACGGUGCUGCGGUGGUGGAAUGCUCCUGGGUGCGAGUCAAGGAGGUGCCCUGGUCACGAAUUGGCGGUAAAUGCGAAAGACUCUUGCCCUAUCUAAUUGCCGCAAAUACGGUCAACUACGGAAAGCCAUGGCGGUUGAAUUGUGUCGAAGCGCUCGCCGCCUGUUUCUAUAUUUGCGGCCACGAAGAAUGGGCCAAGGAUGUUCUGAAGAAUUUCCGAUACGGAGAAGCUUUCUUGGAUAUCAACUCACAACUGCUGAAGCGCUACGCCGCUUGCCAGACGGAAGAAGAAGUGAAGAAGACUGAGGAGGAAUGGCUCUCCCAAAUCGAGCGAGAGUACGAGGAAAGCCGCGCCGAAGGAGCAGAUGACAUGUGGACUGUUGGAAAUACCAACCGGAAGCCGGCGAACGAGGAUUCAGAGGACGAUGAUGAAGACGACAGCGAAGACGAAGACAGCAAGGAGGGCAGUGAAGAGGAGGAAGACGACGCAGAUAAAGACCCGUUUGCGGUAUCGGAUGAUUCCGAGGAAGAGGCGCAAAUGGCGGAGAUUCGACAGAAGAUUCUCAACUCGAAAUCCUUUCAAAAUCCAUCUGCUUCAGAUAAGCAGCAGCCAGAGAAGAUUACUCGGCCCGAGCCGGUCUAUGUCGAUUCAGAUGCCGAGUCUGGGUCGGCUGGAAGCGAGGAUGAGGCCUUUGAUAAUAUCAUCAAUGCGACUACAGUGACGGAUCGUACUGGAAUUAAAGCGAUCCAACAGCGCAGAGGUAAAGAGACCGUCAGUGCUUCGUUUUCCCGAACCGAGAUUUCUGCGCCGAAGAGAUGGUGA